CCGAGCCCCAACCCCUCUGCAUCUCCUUCGGAAAGUGCGCUCCGCACAUCCAUCCGACCUCCCGGCAGCGCCGUGUCUCUAGCCCGCCGGCACAGGGCGAGCCCUUAGCUGCGAAGUGGCGGUGGAGAGACCCCGGGAAACCGCACAAUUGGCUAGGGAGCCGCCGAGCGAGCGGCCGUGCGCCUCUCCCCGAGAUCGCGCUCGCCGGCGGGGACGCAGCAUCCCCGCGGCGGCUGCAGACGCGCCCGCCUUGGCCGCGCUGCUGCUCGGGCGCCGCCGGCCCCGAGGACCUCGGAGGACUUGGACCCCCACGGCGGCCACCGGGAUCCCGGAGGUGCCAGGCGCUCCGGGCGGGUCUCGGCAAACUUUUGCCCAGCCCACGUGCUAGCCGGGCGCUUGGCUUCCCCGGCCCGGGAUGGAGUGCCGCGCCUAGGCACGAUCCGAGGCGCGGAGAUGCUGAAGAUGCCCCACUGAGCCAGCCGACAGGGCACCCGCACCCCGGCUCCCCCAGGCUCCCGGCGACUGGCGCGAGGCGUCUUCCCCGGCUGCGUCCUCCGCGCGGCGGCCCCCCUCGGAGAAGCCCGACUGUUCCCCGACUUCGAGAGGCGCCUCUCGCCAGCCCCACCGCCCAGAUGCAGUUUCGUCUCUUCUCCUUUGCGCUCAUCAUCCUGAACUGUAUGGAUUACAGUCACUGCCAAGGCAACCGAUGGAAACGCAGUAAGCGAGCUAGUUAUAUAUCAAAUCCCAUUUGCAAGGGCUGUUUGUCUUGUUCCAAGGACAAUGGGUGCAGCCGAUGUCAACAGAAGUUGUUCUUUUUCCUUCGAAGAGAAGGCAUGCGUCAGUAUGGAGAGUGCCUACAUUCCUGCCCCUCAGGCUAUUAUGGACACCGAGCUCCAGAUAUGAACAGAUGUGCAAGAUGCAGGAUAGAAAACUGUGAUUCUUGCUUUAGCAAAGACUUCUGUACCAAGUGCAAAGUAGGCUUCUAUUUGCACAGAGGUCGUUGCUUUGAUGAAUGUCCAGAUGGUUUUGCACCAUUAGAUGAAACCAUGGAAUGUGUGGAAGGAUGUGAAGUUGGUCAUUGGAGUGAAUGGGGAACUUGCAGCAGAAAUAAUCGCACCUGUGGAUUUAAAUGGGGUUUGGAAACCAGAACACGGCAAAUUGUGAAGAAGCCAGCAAAAGACACAAUACCCUGCCCAACAAUCGCUGAAUCCAGGAGAUGUAAGAUGGCCAUGAGGCACUGUCCAGGAGGGAAGAGAACACGGAAAGUGAAGAAGAACAAGAAGAAGAAAAGGAAGCUGAUAGAAAGGGUGCAGGAGCAACACAGUGUCUUCUUAGCUACGGACAGAGCAAACCAGUAAAAAAUGAAAGACGCAGAAGGUGGACCUGGGGAGGGGGGUGUGUUUUGCAAAAGUGCACAAAGCUACUCUCCAUUUAUGGACACUGGUGGGCAGCCUUUCGAUGGCCCUGACCAGCAUCUGUUCCCACUAACCUUGUGAGAGGAAGACCCACGGGGGUGGGCUCUGUUAUUUAUGCUUUGAUUUGCAUCUGGAGACUGGAGACUGUGAAGACAGGAAUUUGUGACCUGAGACCAUGGAAGCAGGAGGAUGUGAACAGCUUGUGACUUGACUCCGUGGGAGCCAGAGGUCCAUCCCUGGCACUGCAGAGAGGCAAGAUGUGUGGGACCACCAUUGGAGAAUGGACCUGUGCAUAUUUGUGUCAAAGAAGAUGCUGGGCAGGCAAAGUGCUAUUUCACUGGGGACCAUGGCUCUCACAUUGCGUGUUUUCGAGGAUCAGUGUAGGUGGAUAUCUGCUUAGUGUCACCCCACAUGGUUCUCAGCAGCUGUUACCUUUGAACUAUUUGGGGAUGAAACUGCUUUUUGCUGGGGAAAUACUACGGGGAUCCCUGCUCAGUUUCACAGCAACUCUAAUAUGUACAUAGUCUGCGGGGAUUCCACCUAGCCCUUAUAUCUCCUGUAUAUUUAUGCUUUCAUAUGUGUACCAAGUCAUACCUGAUUAAUAUUAUGUCACUGUGUCUAGUGGUUCCUAACCAUUGUCUCGUAACUGCACUAGAUUUUGAGAGUUGACAAAUGUUUUGUUACCCCCUUGAAAUUUUUCUUUAUGAACUUACUUCUCAUUGUAAAGAUAGGAUAAAUUAGUUUGUAUAUAGUCAAAUGGCCAGAGUCAAAGAUUUCGAAUAUCUAUAGUGCUUUCCCCUCCAUUCUCGCAGAUAAAGCAGCAUGCAGUAACUAGCAGUCAGAAAGCCCAACCUCCCUUUGAGUAUAGAUGUGAUGACUUCAUGAAACAUGAGGGA